CUUAUUACAAAUUACAAAGGUAAAGGCUUACGGAACCAAUUUGCAUCCGUCCUCCAGGCGGAGCUAUUUUGCAUCCGCCAACGACCUUACAUAUGUAAGCAGGUAGGGAUCAAUACUUAUAUUCCAUUGACCCUUAUGUGUCUCGAUGCAAGAAAUACCAACAACUUUAGCACAUACUCGACAUACCUGUUGCUCACUUCACAAUGCCUGUCGCUGCAGUUGCAGGAGGAACCGGCAAGCUCGGCCGCGCCAUCGUUGAUGGUAUUAACGCUGCUGGCAAGUUCGAGGUCGUGAUCCUCGCUCGUCAGGCCGAUGAUGAAAAAGCAGAGGAGAUAGGUGCUCGCAUUAUUGCUGUAGACUACAGCAGCCCUGACGCAAUUGCAUCGGUGCUUGAGGGAAACAGUGUUGAAGUUGUCAUUUCGGCUCUGAGCAGUCAGUCACCACCUGAGCAAGAACUCAAUCUGCUCAAGGGAGCGGACCAGUCGUUGGUGACCAAGCGAUAUAUUCCAAGUAUCUGGGGCAUCCGCUACACUGAGGAGAUAGCUUCAUACUUUCCCCCGGCCGCCAUCAAGCUGAGCUACAUCAAGGCCCUGGAAUCCACCUCCAUCGAAUGGACUGCUGUGAUUAAUGGGUAUUUUCUAGACUACUAUGGUGCACCAAAGGUCAAGACGUACAUGCCUUCCAUGGCGCUCGUCGUUGAUUUGGACAGCAACUUCGCAGCGAUCCCUGGUUCCGGAGAUGUGCCAGUUGUCUUCACGCAUACCUUCGAUGUCGGUAAAUUCGUUGCUGCCCUUCUAACUAAGGACAUCUGGGAGAAGGAGUCUUACAUCAUUGGUGACAGAGUGACACUGAACGAGUUCGUUCGGUUUGCCGAGGAGGUUAAGAAGACAAAGUUCACCGUCGAGCACGAUUCUAUCGAAAAGUUGAAGACGGGCCAGAUUACCGAAUUACCGUCUCACCCGCCAUUCUAUCCCUUCUUCCCCAAGCAAAUGCUUCAAGGGAUGUUCGCAGCUUUUGGCAUCAUGUUCGAGAACGGAGUUUUCGAUUUGAAACCUAGUCGAACUCUGAACGAUGACUUCCCCGACAUCAAGCCUAUGACAAUCAGAGAGCUCAUUUUGGAGGCUUACGGAGCUUAAGAAUGGUGCACAGACUGUGGCAGAUGAAGCGAGGUAUCAAAUCCAAUCCUGCAGAUCGAUUACCGCCAGUUGUAGUUCAGAAUGCAUAUUAAGCCAAUGUUUUCUAGUUACUACGUUGCAAUAAUUUCAACAUAGACGCCUCUU